AUGAGUGACAGAUUUAAAACUCCUCUUCUUGGAAAUGUUAGGGAUGAAGAUUUUAAUCAAGUGUACGAGCCUGCAGAAGACUCUUUUCUUUUGCUGGAUGCACUGGAAAAGGAAGAUAAUUUUCUGCAAACUUUAAAGCCAACUGUGUGUGUGGAGGUGGGCUGUGGCUCAGGAAUUUGCAUAACAUUUCUUUCACAACUUUUGGAGUACCCUGCUUUGUUCAUCUGUACUGACAUCAACCCCAAGGCUGCAGAAAUGACACAGCUGACUGCUCUUAGAAAUGGUAAAGUGGUGGAAAUAGUUGUUUGUAAUUUGGUGGAUACCCUAGAGGAAAGACUGGCAGGAACUGUUGAUGUUUUAUUGUUUAAUCCACCAUAUGUUGUCACCCCUUCAUCUGAGAUUGCCUCUGCUGAUAUAACUGCAUCAUGGGCAGGUGGUGUCAGGGGAAGAGAAGUGACAGAUAAACUUUUGCCAAAAGUGAAAUCUUUGCUUUCUUCAAAUGGAGUGUUUUACUUGGUUGCUAUACAAGAAAAUGAUAUUGAUGAUAUACAGCAGCUGAUGUGCAAGAAUGGUUUCAGAAUGACUUGUGUGGCAUCAAGGCGUGCUGGCAGAGAAUUCUUAACAGUUCUUAAAUUUGUCCGCCAAUAA